UACACUUUGAGUUCAUACUUUUAUUACAUUUGCUAGCAUAUGUUUAAACGCUGUGAUUCUCACUGUGCUGGUCCUGGAGAUUGGGCCUGUCUGAGGUUUUUAGUUUUCAUGAGAUUCCUCUCAGGGUUAUUUGCCUAUCUGGGACCUGAGUUCUCAUCUAAUUUCGUGGUAGGAAGUAUGUCAAGUUACCACCAUAUUUGGGUUUUAUUUUAAGAUGUUUUCAGGAACAGAUGAAAAGAAUUUUUUGAAGAGAGCAGAAGAUCUCUUCUCAAUAUGUCUUCAGAGAUCACUUAUGCUGAAGUGAAGUUCAAAAAUGAGUUCAAGUCCUCAGGAAGCAAAUCAGAGCCUCCUGCAGCUCCUAAAGAGAAGACCAGCUUUCACAAAAGUAACUCCCGUUUUCUCAAGCUACUUCUUGUCUCAUUGCUGAUAUUUCUGCUGCUAUUGGGAAUCUCAUUUUCUAUCGCUUUUGCCAUUUAUUUUCAAAAAUAUUCUCAGAGUCUUAUGGAAGAACAUGCUCAGAAUACAACAAAAGAAAUCAGGUACACAACAUUGGAAUGUAUGAAAGAGAAUUUUACCAGAAAAGCGCAAGUCUGGAGCUGCUGCCCAAAGGAUUGGACAUCAUUUGGAUCCUACUGCUAUAUUGUUCCUUCUAAAGCCAGAAAUUGGAAUGAGAGUGAGAAGCACUGCUCAGAAAUGCAUGCUCACCUGCUGGUGAUGAACACCAAGGAUGACAAGGAUUUUGUCACCCAGAAGCUGGAUAGGAAAAAUAGUUAUUAUAUAGGGCUGUCAGACCCAGAGGGGAAGAAACAUUGGCAGUGGGUUGAUCAGACUCCAUACAACGAAAGUCUCGCAUUCUGGCACCCAGGUGAACCCAAUAAUCCUAGUGAGCGUUGUGCUAUGCUAAGUCAUUUAUCCAAACGCUGGGGCUGGAAUAACAUCUAUUGUGAUCAAGCUCAGUUCGCAAUUUGCAAGACAAUGAAGAUCUACAUAUGAAUGGAACAUUCUUCACGAACAUGUGGUUCAAUUGGUAGCCACCAUUAUAGAGAUAGCUAAUGUGCUUUUUCUAUUCAUGUGUAAGUCUUGUAAAAGGGAACUCCAUAGAAUUUUUCAGUAGGCUGUCACCUAUUCUACUUAUAGAAUCAUUGCACACAUUCAAUCAUUUAUUCUUUCAUGAAAUGAACAUAUAUUGAGCAUUUUCCAUGUGCAGAGAGUAUACUGGAGAGCCGUGUUGGAGACUAAAUGAAGGGAACAUGAGCCUCAUCUCCUAAUUUUUGUCUGAUUGCUAAGGGGUUAGAUAUGGAUAUAAUUAUAUGAUGUGGUUCCUCCAUCUGUCUGAAUUUUUCUUUUAUGGAUUGAUCAAAAGCAAAACAGUCCCAACCAUUACUUUACAUUCCUCUCAGGCAGAUUAAUUACCUUUAAUUGAAAGCAUAUAGUGUAGCAGUUGGAAUAUAAUACACAUCAAUGGAAGAGAAGUUCCAGCUUUGGCCCAGUAGAUUGUUUGGGCUUCGUAACAUUCUCUGUUCAUUCCUGGGCUGUCAUUUAACAUCAGGGUACAAGGCAAAGGGAAAUCAGAGAUUGAGCAUUAGAAGUUUAGAAUUAGAGAAUUAGAAUUAGAAAUUAUUACUGGUCAGUUGACAUAGAUUUAUAUUCAUCAAGUAUUCUGGUAAUUUUUUUCUUUGCUUUAGUUUUAUAGUUUCUAUGUCUAGGCUGCCACUCAAAUGGCCCCUGGUUUAUUUGCAUUUCCGUUUUUACUAAAGUUCUUACAGAUCAUUUUCUUUCUACUACAAUAUAAAAUAUGUCAUAUUUACAAUAAAGCCUGUAAUUCAUUGCCUUA